GCCCGCCGUGGCGCUCGCGCCUCCCCCACCGUGGCGCUGUCCCCUCCCUCCCCUCACAAAGCAUCGGCCUCUCCGAGUCCGAGCGGACGCGAGCCGCCCACCCACGCGAGACGCGACCUCAGGGUGCCUCUCUCUCUGCCUACUGCUCCCGCUGUACCUUUCCUUCCCCAUGGCCACCGCCUGCCGCCUCGCCGCGCCGCUCGGCCUCGCCCCGUUGCCCCGCGGCCGCGCCUCUGCCGGCGUCGUGGCCGUCGCCCAGUGCGGUGGCUCCAAGAUCCCGAGAGGCGUUGCUGUCAGGGCGACGUCCGGCGGCGAGGGCGCCACGGAGGACGUGCCGGAGAUCGUCAAGGCUGCGCAGGACGCGUGGGACAAAGUUGAGGACAAGUACGCCGUGGCCACCAUCGGCGUCGCCGCCAUCGUCGCGCUCUGGACGGUAGUAGGUGCCAUCAAGGCCAUUGACAAGAUUCCUCUUCUGCCUGGUGUUUUUGAGAUAGUUGGCAUCGGCUAUACAGGGUGGUUCACAUACCGUAACCUCGUCUUCCAGCCAGACAGGGAAGCUCUGAUCGGCAAAAUCAAGAGCACUUACAAAGAAAUCACUGGGAGCAGCAGCUGAUCAAACAUCAUUUACAAGAUGGGUUCUUAAGCAGAUUGUAGAAUUGCAUCCGUAAGCACUGAGCUGCUAUGCAAGUGAAAGUGCUAACAUCGGAGACUGGAGCCUCAACUGCUUCUGGUCCCCUGACCUAAGUCAGAGAAAAACUCUGCAGUUGAGCAAAGCCGUUUUACUUGUUUCGAUGUAAUAUUUAUGACAUAUUUCCAGUUCUUUUUCCAGAGUUUUUCUCUUUAGAGAGCAUGCGAUUGGCUCUUUGCUUUUUGAACUAUCUCAGACCUAUGAUAAUUUGGUUGAAUGUUCUUGUACCAA